AUGGACGCACCAGAUGCCUCGUCAGUCCGGCCUGAAGAGGAUGACGUGCAGAGUCCCGCAACAAAUGAGAAACUGGCAAUAAAAUGCGACCGCUCGACCCCUUGUGCCCACUGUGUGAAAGUCGGGGUAGAAUGCUCGUACGCAAGCGGACCUAAGCCGAGGGAGAGGCGACAGAGAGUAAUGGUCUCGAACUCAUAG